AUGUCAGACGACAAGGACGCCGUUGACUACUCCCUCAACAACCCCGACACUCUGACCAAGUACAAGACCGCCGGUCAGAUCUCUGAAAAGGUCCUUGCUGAGGUCUCCAAGCUCUGUGUUCCUGGUGCCAAGAUUGUCGACAUCUGCCAGAAGGGUGACAAGAUACUCGAAGACGAGGUCAGCAAGGUGUACCGUGGCAAAAAGGUCACCAAGGGUUUCUCUCACCCCACCACUGUUUCGCCUGCCUCAUAUGUCACCCCGUACACCCCCCUAACCUCCGACGAGAGCGAAGCCGCUCUGGAGAUUCAGCCCAAGGAGCCCAUCAAGAUCCAGCUGGGAGCCCAGAUUGAUGGCUUCGGUGCCAUCGUCUGCGACACCGUUCUCGCCGGCGAAAAGAAUGAUGAGGUUCUUACUGGCCGGCCCGCGGACCUGAUUCUGGCUACCCACUACGCAAAUGAGCUGCUCCUUCGGUUGAUGGUCCCCCCGGGUCUCCUUGCCCAGGGCACCGACGAGGAAAAGGCGAAGGCUGCUUCUCAGAAGCCUCCUACCCAGGCCAGAAUGACCAGCCUCCUGGAGAAGGUUUGCCAGACCUAUGAUUGCAACCUUGUUGAGAGUACCACGUCAUGGUUAUUCGACCGCAAUGAGAUCGAGAGCAGCAAGAAAAUUGUUCUUGCUCCUCAGGAUGGCGGAAAGGGCGAUGGUGUGCCGGCUACGUCAGAAGUCUGGGGUGUCGAGAUGGGGGUUUCUCUUGGUUCCGGCAAGUGCAAGGCCUUGGACGGGCGUGCAACUCUGCACCGUCGCACCAACCAGACUUAUGGCCUGAAGCGCCCUACCUCCCGCAAGAUCCUUUCCGAGGUUCAGAAGAGGUUUGGCACCUUUCCCUUCAGCCUGCGACAACUCGAAGACGAGCGUGAUGCCAAGUCUGGUGUCGUGGAGUGCGUCCGUGGCAAUGUUUUCCGCCAGUAUGAGCUUGUUGGUGACAAGGACAACGCCCCUGUUGCCCGUCUGCUCACCACCAUUGCCAUUACCAAAAACGGCAUCACCAAGCUGGGUGGGCCCCCUGCCCUUGAUCUGAGCAAGGUCAAAUCUGACAAGAGGAUCACGGAUGAGGAGAUCCUCAAGAUUUUGGAGCAGCCUUUGGCCAGAAACACGGGAAAGAAAAGCAAGAGCAAGAAGAAGAAGAAGCCUGCCAAGAAAACAACCGCCGCCGCCGAGGAGUCUGAAGACGAUUCCGACGACAGUGAUGAGUAA